AUGACUGUCGUGAUGUUCUUGGAUGAUCAUUGUCGUCCUUUCGAUCAAGUUGCAAAUGGAUUUGUUCGAGAUGCAAUCAAGAUAAUCUAUACUAUCUUUUCAAAGAAUAUUCCUGAAUUCAAUCUUGAUGAAGUUUUAAAUCAAUCAAUUGAAACAGAUUUAAAGAUAAUCAAUGAUGAUCCAUCAUUAUUCGAGGGUGUUGAUAAAGGAGUUAAAUUAGUAAUUGAAACAUUGUGUGGAAAUGAUAAAUAUGGUGAACAAUUAUUCAAAGAUGGUGGAACUGGAACAGUUACAAACUAUUUGAUUCCACAACUUGAUGAAAUGUUAUAUUCACUUUGUGAUCAGAAUCAAGUUGAAGUUGUUUAUACAUUCUCUGAUGUUUCAUCACUCUUUAUGAUCAAUUCAAGAAUAUCAGAAUUUAUGGACCAAAUGAUUCAAAUGGAUUCAGAUAUUCUUAAAAAUGCAAAUCCUCUUCCUUCCAACAAUAGAAGAUCAAUAAAUUGA